GCUUCUGCAGCAAGGGUGGUGUUCAUCCGCCUCCUGACCGCACUGCCAUGAGAAGACGGUCUCACCUCCUCGAAGCAGUAUCGCUUCUCUCAAAGACUGAGGGAUGGAGCUAGAAGAGGGACGAGAGUCGUUCUCCAAAAGAAAAUGCGCGAGACUCUUUUGGCGUUUGUUUCCUCAUGUUUUCCUCAUUUUCUCACUCAUUUUAUAUGCGGUUUUCGGCGCGCUGAUCUUUCAACGCAUUGAGAAGAAAGCGUUCAGUAAGCCGGAGCUCAUCAGUGUGGUGGCGCAAAAACUGGUGGAGACAGUGCAGAAUCACACAGACGACUCAACGGAGGAACCGUUGUCCAGUAAAAUAAAAAAUAUUUUGACCGAUUUCCGCGAUAAUAAGGAGUAUAAGAAGUGGAGCUUCUACGAAUCACUUUUCUUCUGCUGCACAUUGUUCACAACCGUAGGUUAUGGACAAAUGUAUCCGGUGACAUUCGAAGGCAAGGUGGCUUGUAUCCUGUACGCGAUGGUGGGCAUUCCUCUCAUGCUGCUAGUCAUCUCAGAUGUGGGAGAUAUCUUAGCUGUUCUUCUUUCUAAAGCGUACACUCGCCUCAACCUGUUCUUCAAAAAAUGCAAGUUACAUCGCGCGUGCAUUCAGAGGCAUGCAAGGGCAUCAUCUCCAAAACAAGUUCAAUGUGCUGAAACCGACGGCACCUAUAUGUUCAGCCGGGAUGUCGUGACGCAUGAAGCAAGGAACAUUCAAAAGGUGAUAAAAGCCCAGUCAUCCCUCAGACACACUUCCUUACGUAAGAACGAAGAGAUCUUUAACCGCAUGAUUAUUAAGGAGAACUUCAAGCUCAAAACCUCUCUGACAAAAUCAAGCUCGUGCCCAAACCUCAAACGUAUGCCACCCACAAAAGCCAGCUCCAAGUUAUUCAUCGGCAUCGGACAGGAGAUGGAGCACUUUAAAGUCCCUCUGCCGGUCAUCUUGCUGGUGGUGUUUGCGUAUAUGGUGAUCUGCAGUCAAAUUUUGAGAUUCUGGGAAAAGAUGGAGUCUUUUAAUGCCUUUUAUUUCACCUUCAUCACCUUGACCACCGUUGGCUUUGGUGACAUUGUGCCUGAACAUCCGAAUUACUUCAUGGUUACGUUUUUGUUUAUAAUCACAGGCAUGGCCAUCAUGAGUAUGGCCUUCAAACUCGGCCAAUCGCAGAUCGUUAGCUUUUACAGGCGGUGCAUAAAGUCCGUUAGCAUGGGCAACGUAGGAAAACACAAAGACUUAGACGGUAACUGAAGGCAGAAAAAAGCAGUUGGUUUUUGUGGCUUUGCUAAUGGUACAUGAAACUACAGGAAAGCAGAAGCAUUCUCUGCUCAAGAUGGAAACGUGUUUUAAUAUCUGUAUCACUGCUAGUUUGACAUACAGUGGGUUGAAGGAAAAUGAACCAUAGGCCUUCUGCAUUAAACAAAUAUAGAAGAAAGAAGCUCAGAAUAAAGUAUACACUCCUGUUAACUAGUUCAACAAAAAAAAUGAAAUGCAAGAAAAACUGCAUGAGACAUUGUUUAUUUUUGUUUAAGAUAUGUAGCUUGAUAGAAAUCAAAUCCAUUCAUUUCUUCUAUUUAUUCAUGUUCAUGCAACAAGUUUGUAUUCAUAAUAUAUCUGAUAACCAGUAUUGUUUUUUUUCAUUCAAUGCCAAGUGUGCAAUGUGAUUCAAUUUCAUUAUCGAUGCAGUUAGUGUGUGUGUGAAAUGUAUUUAUUUACUAAUACAAAAGCUAGUGUGGAAAUAUAUGGUUGAGCACCUGUAAUAUCUUGCCUGUGAAAUGACCUUAUCACACACUUUGAAACCAAUUGAAUAAAAAUCUUUAUGUGCCA